AUGGAUAUAUAUUUAUUUAAACCAAAAGAAUAUCAACGUUUAUAUAAUUGUAGUUUAUAUAAUAUUGAGGAUAUCCCUUUAGAAAACAGACAACAUAUUUUUCUUGGCGUUAUUCUUAUUCAAUUAUUUUUUAUUUUGGAGGUAAUAAAAUUUAGAAAAUUAAAAAAAAAUUAUUUUUUUUUUAAGUUUCUCUAUAUUUUGUGUGUAUUAGCAAUUCGAAAACAUUUGGAAAAUUCUUGCUAUAAAAUUAUGUUUUAUAUUGGAAUUAAUGAUAUUUUUUGUUUAUUUAUUUGUGGAUUAUUAACGGGAAUUUUAGCAUUGAACGGGGCUGUCUUCUGUUCAUUUCCAAACACAAUUUACAUUGCUGGAAUGGUAGCUUGUGUAUUUUGGUAUAACGAAACCCUUUCCGCUAUUUUAUUAGCUCUAAAUCGUUGUGUAGAAAUUUCAAUGCCGUCAAUCGGCGAGCGUCUCUUUCGUGGUUAUAAAACAUGGCUUUGGAUGCUUUUACCUUUAUUUUAUGGAAUUUUAUUUGGGCCAACAUUUAAACCUGUAUUGUUUAGUGGAGUACUCUUUUCUUGGUUUUAUAAUCCGCAUGUUGGAUAUAUUGAUGAUUUUGGAACUAUUGUUUUUUUAAAUAAUUUGAAUUUUUAA